GUCGUCGCCGUCUGCCGCCCAUCGCAUCCCUCUCCGUCCGCCUGUCACGUCUGGCCCGCUACCGCUUGCAGGGCGACGGCGUCAUCCCCGGAGCUAGCUCGUCCAGGCAAUCGGCAGGCCCAACGUCCAAAACGCAACUUAGGCAGCUGCGUCUCCCCCCCCCGUCGUCUGAGAACGGCCACCUCCAAAAAUCCUGGCCAGUCGUCUGCCAUCGUCCCCAGAGCUCCCCUAGAAAAAGAACCCCCCGCAACACCAUGGCGCCGCCCAAGCAGAGGAAGAUUGCCAUUGUCGGCAGCAGGGCAGUCGGCAAGUCGAGUAUGACGGUGCAGUUCGUCGACGGGCACUUUGUAGACAGCUACUAUCCCACGAUUGAGAACACGUUCAGCAAGAUGAUCAAGUACAAGAACCAGGACUAUGCCACCGAGAUUAUCGAUACGGCAGGACAGGAUGAAUACAGCAUUCUUAACUCGAAGCACUUCAUCGGCAUCCACGGCUACAUGAUUGUCUACUCGGUCGCCAGCAAGCAGAGCUUCGAAAUGGCCCGCAUUAUCCGCGAUAAGAUCUUGAACCAUCUGGCCGUCGAAUGGGUUCCGCUGGUCAUUGUGGGCAACAAGUCGGACCUCCGCCCCGAGCAGCGCCAGGUGACGCCCGAGGACGGCCGCGCUCUCGCCGCCGAGUUCAAGUGUGCGUGGACCGAGGCCAGCGCUCGCUACAACGAAAAUGUACAAAAGGCCUUUGAGCUCAUGGUUGCUGAGGUGGAGAGAUCCCAGAACCCGGACCACCGCCGCACGCAAUACGACGCAACGCAGAUGGGAUCCAAGAUCAACGCUGUACAGAAGCAGAUUGGAGCCAAGAAGAAGGCCAAGGAGAACGCCGACGACCUGCUCGAAGAGAAGAAGCAGCUCGAGGAGUCGAAGAAGAAGCAAGAGGCCGAGGCCCACGCAAAGCUCCUCAAGCUGCAUGCAAAGGCUAAGACGGUGGGCAACUACGUGUACAAGGAUGUGCCUGUGAGCGACAACGAAGACAACAAUGCUGUUUUGAAGACGUGGGCGCCGGAAGCAAGGAAACCAGAGUUCAAGCAGGAUGGCAUUCCGCAUCAUGGUGUGUUGGCGAGGCUCAACGGCUACGACCCGGAGCGAGGCACAAAGAUUGUUGGUCACAGAGGAUAUGAAAGUUGCCUGACUGGAUACGGCGUCUUCCUCAACCAGGCGCUGAUCAACUAUGGUCUAGAAUUCCUGUUCAGCAAAGGCUUCACCCCUAACCAGCCUCCCUUCUUCAUGCUCCGCGACCAGAUGGCCAAGACAGCACAACUCUCCGACUUUGACGACGAGCUCUACAAGGUCACCGAGAGCAAGGACAAGCCAGAAACCGACAAAUACCUCAUUGCUACCUCGGAACAGCCCAUUUCUGCUCUUCACUCGGAGGAGUGGCUCCACAGCGACCAACUACCCAUCAAGUACGCUGGAUACUCGACAAACUUCAGGAAAGAGGCUGGAUCCCACGGCAAGGACGCAUGGGGCAUCUUCCGGAUACACCAGUUUGAAAAAGUUGAGCAAUUCCUCCUCACACACCCUGAAAAGUCAUGGGAGGCAUUCGACGAGAUGCUCACCAACUCGGAGGAGUUUUACCAGAGCCUUGGUCUGCCCUACCAGGUUGUCGCCAUUGUUUCUGGAGCUCUGAACAACGCAGCUUCGAUGAAGCGUGAUUUGGAGGCCUGGUUCCCCGUUACCGGUGGUGGCGAGUACAAGGAGCUUGUCUCGAUUUCCAACUGCACCGACUACCAGACGCGUGAGCUGGAGAUUCGACAUGGUGUCAAGAAGCUGAACGCAACCCGCAAGGAAUACGUUCACGCGCUCAACGGCACUCUCUGUGCCACUGAGCGAACACUCUGCUGUAUCCUCGAGAACUACCAGACACCUGAGGGUUUUGUUGUUCCCGAGGUGUUGCGCAAAUACAUUCCGGGCCAGCCCGAAUUCCUGCCAUACGUCAAAGAGUGGAGGGCGCCCAAGGAAGACAAGCCCCUCCCCGACCGGACGAAAUAGAGCUGUGAUUGUUUCUAGUCUGGUGGGUACGAUGAAAGUACUAGGCUGAGGAUGUUGCAUCUACCUGCCAUAGUAAGGGAUGAAUGAAUGGAUAUGGGCUGGAAAGGGAUGAUUUGUAGCAGCUACUGCAUGAAUGAAAAUGCAUGACAAUGAGAAUGAUUGAAGUAAA